AUGUCAUUGAUUCAAGAGACGCCUGAGCGUAUCUUUGAAAUGCUCAAAGAAAAGUUGCCUCUCGAUUCCAGAUUAGUAGAUAAGGCAGUUGCUCUUUCCAAUUCAGAGGAAAAAGGCCAUUCACCAGUUUACAGAAAUAAAUACAGUCCUGACCAGUUAAUCACCAAAUUGCAUCCAUCUUUAGACACUUUGUACGCAUUGUUUGAGUUUGGUUACAAGUUUAGUGAAAAUCAAAACGCAUUUGGAACUAGAGAAAAGUUACCUGACGGGACAUUUGGCAAAUAUCAAUGGCAGGAUUAUCACACCAUCAAGCAGAGAAGAAACCAUUUGGGCUCAGGUAUAUUCUUUGUGUUGGAGAAUAAUCCUUUUAGAACAAACAGUGACGUUCAUCAAAAUUUGAGCUAUGACCCAACAAGAAAAGGGGACUCAUUCAUCUUGACCAUAUUCAGUCACAACCGACCAGAGUGGGCAUUAGCGGACUUGACAUCAAUUGCCUACUCCAUCACCAACACAGCAUUGUAUGACACUUUAGGUCCAAAUACAAGUAAAUACAUCUUAAAGAUAACUGAAUCACCUAUUGUGUUGUGCUCUAAGGAAAAAAUUGCUAAUUUGAUUGAGUUGAAGAAAGAAAGUCUGGAGUUGGUCAAUUUGAUUGUGAUUAUUUCUAUGGAUAAGUUGGAUGGUCCAGAAGAUGCUCGCUUGAAGAGUCUUGCUGCUGCAAAUCAAAUUGCAUUGUUUGAUUACGAGCAUGUUGAAAAGCUUGGAGAAGCCAAUCCAUUGGCACCCAUCCCCCCAACUCCAGACACCAAAUUCACAAUCUCGUUCACCUCUGGAACCACGGGAGCAAAUCCAAAGGGAGUUGUAUUGACUCAUGAAAAUGCAGUCUCAGGCUUAGUUUUCAGAUAUGGAAGAAGUUUCAAUCCCGGAGCCACAAGGUUGUAUUCGUUUUUGCCAAUGGCACAUAUUUAUGAAAGGGCCAAUAUUCAGUUUGCAUUGAGUGUCGGAGCAGAAAUUGGGUUCCCACAAGGGAAAUCACCUUUGACAAUGCUUGAUGAUGUGAAGGAAUUACAACCGACUUCUCUUGCAACAGUUCCUCGAAUUUUGUCAAAGUUAGAGGCUGGUAUCAAAGCAAAUACUAUAAACAACAAUGCAAAGCCAGUGGUUAAAUAUCUUUACACUAAGGCCAUCAACGAAAAGAUGAGACUCCAAGCACAAGCAACCGAGACAGACAGUAAUGCUAAUCAUUUGUUUUAUGAUGUGUUGCUCAAUGCCUUGAGAAAGAAAAUGGGAUUAGGUAGUGUUACAGUCAUGUCCACAGGUUCAUCUCCAGUUAGUCCAGAGACUAUCAGAUUUGUGAAAGCAGCUUUGAAUGUGGGAAUAACUAAUGGUUACGGAUCAACUGAGUCUUUUGCAGGGUUUGUAAGUAGUAAGCAAUUUGACCAUAACCCUGGCUCCAUCGGUGCCAUUGGAAUAACUGCUGAGUGUAGAUUGAAGGAUAUACCAGAAAUGAACUACACUUCAAAAGAUGAAGGUGGUCCAAGGGGAGAAUUAUUAUUAAGAGGACCACAAAUUUUUAAGGAGUACUACAAGAAUCCGGAAGCCACGGCUGAAGCAUUUGACAAGGAUGGCUGGUUCUGCACCGGAGAUGUUGCUAGAAUUGACACUACACGCAACAAUCAAAUUUACGUAAUUGAUCGUGUAAAGAACUUUUUCAAGUUGGCACAAGGAGAAUUUGUUACGCCAGAAAAGAUUGAAAACACGUAUUUGGCAGCAAACCCACAUAUACAGCAAAUAUUUGUUCACGGAAACUCGCUCGAAUCGUAUCUUGUCGGUAUAGUUGGAUUGGAUCCAGCAACAAUUGGAGGCUACUUGAAAACCAGGUUCAAUGAUGAAAUCAGUGAUAAGAAUGAUAUGCUCCGUUUCUUGAGUGCUCCGAGCAAUAAGAAAACAUUCCUUUUGGACCUCAAUGCUGCUGUUAAGGGGCAGUUACAAGGAUUUGAGAGGUUACACAAUGUGGAGAUAUAUUUUGAUCCAUUGACUGUGGAGAGAGAGGUUAUCACACCAACACAAAAGAUCAGAAGACCUAUUUGUACUAAAUUCUUUCAAGAAAAUUUGGCUAAAAUGUAUCAAGAAGGAUCAAUUUUAAGGAAUGAAAAAUUGUAA